AUGUGGAAUGCUGUGAGGGAUUCUAGGAAUGCCUUCAGAGUGAAGGUAGUUCAGAAUGUAGCUGCUGCUACUACUGUUGAAAAAGCUGUUCCAGAAGAAGUUGUUGCUGAAGUUGUUCAGUCUGUUUCAAUUGAAAUUGAAAAGAAUAAGAAGGAGACUGCUGAGAAGAAGAAUAAGAAGAAGUUGAAUAAAAAUGUUGAAACUGAAGUUGCACCAAUAGCUGUUGCUCAAACCCUUGAACCAGUAAAUCAACCAGAAAAAGCCCCAUCAAAAUCACCCAUAAAUGUCCAUGUUCUCACACCUCCCUCUUCUCCUGUAACCAAAACUCUUACUCCUCCUUCCUCACCCAUCACAUAUGCCCCCAUUCCUUCAUCUCCACCCGCAACCAACCUUGCUUCUGACCAGGUGAAGGUAGUUCAGAAUGUAGCUGCUGCUACUACUGUUGAAAAAGCUGUUCCAGAAGAAGUUGUUGCUGAAGUUGUUCAGUCUGUUUCAAUUGAAAUUGAAAAGAAUAAGAAGGAGACUGCUGAGAAGAAGAAUAAGAAGAAGUUGAAUAAAAAUGUUGAAACUGAAGUUGCACCAAUAGCUGUUGCUCAAACCCUUGAACCAGUAAAUCAACCAGAAAAAGCCCCAUCAAAAUCACCCAUAAAUGUCCAUGUUCUCACACCUCCCUCUUCUCCUGUAACCAAAACUCUUACUCCUCCUUCCUCACCCAUCACAUAUGCCCCCAUUCCUUCAUCUCCACCCGCAACCAACCUUGCUUCUGACCAGGUUGUGCCCGGAUGGAGCCGUUCAUGGGGGAAGAUGAGGAGCCGAGCAUGUUCAACACUUGCUAACGUGGCAGAUAACCAACGGAGUGAAUUCAGUUCGGGAUCUAGCUCGGCAUCUAACUCGGAGUCUAGUUCAUGGUCUAGUUCGUGGGACACGGCCGCGAGCAGCUCGGAGGUUGAGGAGGUCGAGGUCGAGAACUCGCAUCUUUCUAUUAUAGAAAAGGAAGAAGAACAGGGGGGUUCCUCCAACCCCGAAGCCGAGGAGGAUGUUCUCUCGAUUCCGCUCUUUGAUUAUGACUGUGAGGUUAAUUUAGAUUGGGUGACCGACAAGCCUAUGACCUUGGUCUCAUGA